AUGCGGGCUGAGGCGCAGAGAGGCAUAGAAUAUACUGCAGUUAAGGAAGAAAUACGCGAUGCUUUCCAGAAGGUUGUGUUGAGGCUUCUGGAGCUUCACAACAUCUUUGAAUUCUCUGGGACCACUUACAACCUGUGUGUUGCUGGCAUUCAAUGUGUUUGUCUCAUACUGCAGGUAAAAGAGAGGCUGCUCCACUGUAUCAUGAUCACUUCCCUGAGACUUGCAGUCAAGUUUUAUGAAGAAGAUGAGGUAAUUCCACGCGUAAAAGACUUCAUAAAGCACUAUGGCUCUAAUUAUACCCCAAAUGAACUGCUGAGGAUGGAGCUGGCUAUUUUGGACACACGGCACUGGGACCUCUAUACUGGGACGCCGAUGGAAUUCUUGGUCGUGGUGAGGGGUAGGGGGCUCUGUUCUAACAUUAAAAACCACCAUCCCCAGUUCCACGCCCUGGUGGCCCUGGACCGGCCCCAAGUGAAAGAGCUGCUGCCUCAGAGGAAGCCUUCCCUCCACGUCGCGUCCCUGACCAGGCAGCUGCAGCACUGCAUGGCGGGCCACCAGCUGCUGCAGUUCAAGGGUUCCACACUGGCCUUGGUCAUCAUCACCUUAGAGUUGGAGAGGCUCAUGCCCGACUGCUGUACUCCUAUAUCUGAUCUGCUAAAGAAAGCACAGAUCAGCAUUGGAGAAUUUGGUCACUGCAAGGAACUCGUACAGCAGCUGUUGAGAAGUCUGCAGAUCUCCUUGUAG